UGUCUAGCUACUAUUCUCCUGUAUAUCGUAUUGUGCGUUUUCUCUUCAAGUCAUAUAGUAGUAUGUUCUCCGCAAUCUUAUCUCGUGUCAACGUUGGAUUGAUCGCUUAGACUCCCCUUAUUCCCAUUCUCAUGUUCCCGUUCUUCUUGACCUCCUUUGCUGCCCGCACCACCCUCACCUUCAGCGUUUCGACCUGGGGUCGCAAGCUGUCAAUGAUGCAAAUACUUCCUGGCCACUCUUUGUUUAUCAUGCGCGGAGGCCAAGUUUUGUGCUCAUCUGGCAAAGUCCUCCGAACCAUUGCUCUACCUCAUUCAAUUCUUCGACUUUACAAAGACGUCAUUCCGGGAAAGUCAACGUUCGUGUUCGAAUAUUUUACCGGUCAUCUCCUCCAGCUUGCCCAGAAAGGGCUACCAAUAUCGACCACGAAGAAAACCCUGAAAGACGCACUUCUUGGGAUUGCGGAAUUACACGAUCAAGAGAUCAUUCACACAGGCAUGUUCUAUCGCGUAUAUUCAUUAUAGGUAGCUAGUGAUUCAGAUAUCAAAGUGGAUAACGUGUUCAUCGACUGGACGGAGCUUCCCGACGGUGGUAUCAAUAUCGAAAAAGUCCAGCUCGCCGACUUGGAGGAUGCCGCUCAUCUUCCACCGAACACGGUGGUCAUCGGAAA